AUGAGGUCGCGUUCCUCCAGGAUCGCCCUGCUCCUUCUGCUUCUGGUUGGAAUCUGCACAGUGCAUCUGGUCAUGCGGGCUCAAGCCAGGAAGGAUCCGAGGCCUGUGGCGAUGCCGAGAGUUGAUAACGUCGCGUGCAGUUGCCAGCUGUACGGCGUCCAUAAGAACGGCACGAAGGUCGGGGCGCUGCUGUACACCUUCAACGACUCUCUGCCGGAUGACGAACGAGACGACUGCGCCGGCUGGUGCCGCUUCGUGGUGAACGCCACCUGGAAAGACGGAGACCUGUUCCUCAAGGACCCGAUGUACAACAAGAGCAUUGGCCAGCAGAUCUGCGAGAGCCACAGUCAGACCAUCGCCAGUGUCUACGUGGGGCUCUUCGUGUCCUGCUUCAGCCAGCUCCAGUACACGGGGCUCAAGAGCAAGAUGAGGCUGUGCUGCUACAGCAAGCAGCAGGUCGCCUGUCCGGAGAACCCCGCCGCAGCCGUGGUCGUCUCGGACGCGACUCGGAGAACGACAUCGACUUCGAAGCCGAGCGCUCCGCCGCCGCCCCAUUUACGUAAAUUCUCGGGCAUUAGAAAAAAACAUAAUUGA